GUAUGGUAUAAACAUUUAUGCAAUGUCGGACGCUCGAACAUUCUAUGUGUUGAACAUGGAAAUUUAUCCGGGCAAACAGCCCCCGGGCCCUUAUGCGUAUGACAACUCAGCAAGUAGCGUGGUUUUGAGACUAAUGGAACCUAUCGACAGAACAGGAAGGAACAUUACGAUGGAUAAUUACUAUACCUCUGUUCCCCUUGCCAAUGAGUUGUUCAUGCAUCAUAGAACCACUAUAGUAGGGACUAUAAAAAAAAAUAAGCGAGAGAUCCCAGAUUCAUUUAAAGAUGUCAACGGUAGACCAGUAGGCAGCAGCAUGUUUGCUUUUGGCUGUGACCCGAAUAGAGCCACAUUAGUCUCUUAUGUCCCGAAAAAAAGGGAAAAAUGUUUUGAUGUUGUCGACAUUUCAUGAUGAUGACUCUAUUGAUCCCGAUUCUGAGGCUAACAAACCAGAGGUCAUUACUUUUUAUAACAUGACCAAAGGUGGGAUCGAUGUUGUAGACAGAAAGAAAAAGGACUACUCUGUAAAACGUAUUAGUAACAGGUGGCCUUUGACGAUUUUUUGUGGACUCCUGAAUCUGGCAACUAUAAAUGGUCAGAUUAUCUACAACCUGAAUACAAAAGACACCAUGCAGAGGAGGACUUUCAUAACGAGCCUUGCGAGGGACCUAGUAAAGCCGCAUAUUCUACAUAGAGCUUCUAUUCAGACCCUCUCACUCCCGUUGAGGACCAGCAUCAGGGCUGUCGCCGGUGUAGAACUUCCUGAGCCAAACCCCCCACCAGUUGUCGAGGGACGAAAACCAAGGUGUCACUACUGCCCUGUCAGGAAAAACAGGUUUACUCCAUACAAAUGCUCAGCUUGUGAAAGAUCCGUAUGCAAGGAGCACACUGCCAAAACAAGCUAUUGGUGCCACAACUGUGCAGCAGAAGGGAACUAGAUCUAAGUUUUUGUUUCUUGUAUUAGUUUCCACUUCACAUGCAUUAUUUUUACAUUAUCAAUUUAAUUUAGAAUGUCUUAAGUAAUAAAAAACAUUUCCUUAGUAACUGAAAAAAAUUAUUUCAACCUUCUGCAUGUGUAAGUAAAUGGGGAUAAAUUAAU